GCCGCCCAGCGCCCAGCGCACAGCCCACGCCGCGGCCUCCCAUGACUUCCAGCGAGAUCGCCAUGCCGGGCGAGGUGAAGGCCGACCCCGCGGCGCUCAUGGCCUCGCUGCACCUCCUGCCGUCGCCCACGCCCAACCUCGAGAUCAAGUACACCAAGAUCUUUAUUAACAAUGAGUGGCAGAACUCUGAGAGUGGGAGAGUGUUCCCCGUCUAUAAUCCAGCCACAGGAGAGGAGGUGUGUGAAGUUCAAGAAGCGGACAAGGCAGAUAUAGACAAAGCUGUGCAGGCAGCCCGGCUGGCUUUCUCUCUUGGUUCAGUGUGGAGAAGGAUGGAUGCUUCAGAAAGAGGACGUCUUUUGGACAAGCUUGCAGAUUUAGUGGAACGAGACAGGGCAUUUCUUGCAACCAUGGAAUCCCUAAAUGGUGGCAAGCCAUUCCUGCAAGCUUUUUAUGUAGAUUUGCAGGGAGUCAUCAAAACGCUGCGGUAUUAUGCAGGCUGGGCUGAUAAAAUUCAUGGAAUGACCAUCCCUGUAGAUGGAGACUAUUUUACCUUCACAAGACAUGAACCUAUUGGAGUGUGUGGACAGAUCAUCCCAUGGAACUUCCCCCUGCUGAUGUUUGCCUGGAAAAUUGCUCCAGCUCUGUGCUGUGGUAAUACUGUGGUUAUUAAGCCAGCGGAGCAGACGCCACUCAGUGCACUGUACAUGGGAGCCCUCAUCAAGGAGGCUGGCUUUCCACCUGGAGUUGUCAAUAUUCUGCCAGGGUAUGGGCCAACGGCUGGAGCAGCAAUAGCUUCUCACAUCGGCAUAGACAAGAUUGCAUUCACAGGUUCUACUGAGGUUGGAAAGCUUAUUCAAGAAGCAGCAGGAAGAAGCAAUUUGAAGAGAGUAACUCUGGAACUUGGCGGGAAAAGCCCCAAUAUUAUUUUUGCAGAUGCUGACUUGGACUAUGCCGUGGAGCAGGCUCACCAGGGUGUGUUCUUCAACCAAGGCCAGUGUUGCACUGCAGGAUCUCGCAUCUUUGUGGAGGAGUCCAUCUAUGAGGAGUUCGUGAAAAGAAGUGUAGAACGGGCCAAGAGGCGCAUAGUGGGGAGCCCCUUUGACCCCACCACUGAGCAGGGGCCUCAGAUUGAUAAGAAGCAGUACAACAAGAUCCUGGAGCUCAUCCAGAGUGGUGUGGCUGAGGGCGCCAAGCUGGAGUGUGGGGGCAAAGGACUGGGCCGGAAGGGCUUCUUCAUCGAGCCCACUGUGUUCUCCAACGUCACUGAUGACAUGCGGAUUGCCAAGGAAGAGAUCUUUGGUCCUGUUCAGGAAAUUCUGAGGUUUAAGACUAUGGAUGAAGUUAUAGAAAGAGCCAAUAAUUCAGACUUUGGACUCGUAGCAGCCGUUUUCACUAAUGACAUCAAUAAGGCUCUCACAGUGUCUUCUGCAAUGCAAGCUGGGACUGUUUGGAUCAAUUGUUACAAUGCCUUAAAUGCUCAGAGCCCCUUUGGGGGGUUCAAGAUGUCUGGAAAUGGAAGAGAAAUGUGUGGCAGUUUCCUAACUCAGCCAGUGUCACCAGCUCCUGUGCUCUCUGGGGAGAGUUUGGCUUACGAGAGUACUCAGAAGUGAAGACCGUGACAGUGAAAAUUCCCCAGAAGAACUCCUAGGAGGCCAAGAAGGAAGGUGAAGGCCGCCUGCUGACUCCCCUGCUUUCUCUGUAGAGCCCAGCUCUGAGGAGUAUAAAAUUGAGCCCCAGCCCUUCUGUACAGAUUGAAUUGAUGACAUAGCAGGCAGGUCACUGGACAUCUGAUGCAGGCCAGUGAGGCAGGGUUUCUAGUGAAAGGGAUCAUUUUAUGGAUACCAAAUAUUGGGGAAGCUGGGCAAAGGUAGGAGGAGGAGUGCUUGGUCUUUGUGGGGUGUGGGAUGGAAUAAGCGUUGUGGUCGUUGAUGCUUUGUCACAGAGGACUUUCCCUGGAGGAAAGGUUGCCUUGGCACUGUCUUCAUUUUCCUCCUUCCAGUGUCUCUCCACUUACCCUCCCUCUCUUCCAAGGAGCCCUCGACUGAGCUCAUUUAGGGCAGAUGUUUGGGCCGGGAACAAUUUUCCAAGGUUUUGCAGCCAAAUUACCAUUCCAUGUUAUCCAUUUCUUCACAGCAAACAUGAAAUGGUUUUAGUUAGAAUCAGACCAAACUAAAAAUGCCAGGAGCUGGUACACUGCCGAUGUUCUAAGUAAGAGUGUAGGCUCAUCCUGACUCAAUUUGCUUUCCUUACAACCAUAAAUAACACAAAUGAGAGAAGAUGAGGAUAAUGGAGAUCAGAGGCUACCACACCACAUGUCGUUCACAGCUUCUGAACUUGCUGCAGAGUUUGCAUGUGUGUGUGUGUGUGUGUGUGUGUGUGUGUGUGUGUGUGUGUUUCUUUUCUUGGUUAUUCUGGAACAAGACAAGGAUCACAGCCCUUAUUUUUUCAUAGAAGAAUAAGAUCUUUUCCAAAGCUUAAGACCAAAACAAUCCCAAGUAGACUCAAGGAGUUGGUGAUGUCAGAGGCCCAGCAGGCUGAUGAGUCCUCAUAAGUGACUUACUGCUGGAGUCAGAACUGCAGCCUCUUCUGCAGCUAGCUGCGCUGCACUGGCACCUGCUUACCCCAGUGCCAAAGUCACUCUGGUCCGUUGUGUUCCAAUAACAUGCCUGAAAUCAUUGGCAGUGACCUUGGAAAGUCCUAGCAAGCGUCAGUGUUUCCCUCUCUGCAGAGUGCCGGUGUGCCGUGACUGCUGCGCUCCACCAGAGCUCCUCUGUCAUGCCCAGUGGCUCAUCCACACACCAUUCUUGUCUCAACGAGCUUCAGCCUGCGGGGGUGGAGGAUGACUCAGGCCUGGCUCUCCUCCCAAUCCUACUCUCCCCUCUGCCUUCCAGUGAACCCCCAGUUUGGUGUGGGCAGCAUCAACUUUCUUUUCCUUCUCUCCCUAGCUGCCAAAUUCAAGCCAGUCUCUAACCUGAGUGAACAUGUAUUUAAAAGUAUCAAACAUAAUCUAGAGUAUGUAGCAUACGGGGGUAUAUAUAUAUAUAUAUAUAUAUAUAUAUAUAUAUAUAUAUAUAUAUAUAUCCUUCUAUAUUUAACGUUUACCUACUUUCUAACCAUACCAGUUUUAGGUUUUCUAUUUAUAACCCAGCCUGUCCACAAUGUUCUAAAGCAAGUUCUCCUUGCUGUUAUCGACAAACGACAGUGCACUCAGCAGCCGAAGCCCUGACAUGCCGUUUUGAGUCCUUCCAGCGAACACCCUGCUCUUCUCCUGUAGUGCAUCCACGUGAACAUGCCAUUAACCAGCUAGUUCCCUUUGAACCACAGUAUAGAAUGUGAAAAUGAAGAUUUAUGACUUUUAAUUUACUUCAGAAGAAACCUCUGUGCUAGCAAUAAAGCAUUUAUAUUGUGUA